CCAGGCCCGCUUACGCCAGCGCUUCGCCCUGCUGUGGCUCUGCCGGACAUUGGCCCGGGCUCCCGGCCUGGCAGGUUUCUGCCAGGACCCCAGCGGCAGCGGCGGAGACGGCAGCCUUCCCCGGCUGCUGCGGGAGCGGCGCCUGUGGAGCAAAGCUCGCAGCUCGGCCUUCUGGGAAAUCGUGCGGGCCAAGGCGUUCAGCCAGUGGGAGUGGGUGGAGAACUUCCGCGUCUCGCCGGGCACCUUCGACUACCUCUGCGCUCAGCUGCGCGGAGCCAUCCAGCGGCGGGACACCAACAUGCGCCGUGCCAUCCCGGCCGACGUGCGACUCGCCAUGACGCUCUGGCGCCUGGGCGCCUGCACCGAGUACCGGGCGGUGGAGCAGCUCUUUGGCGUCUCGCGCUCCACCGUCUGCAAGAUUCUGCGCGAUGUGUGCGAGGCCGUGGUGGGCAUCCUCACGCCGCUGUACGUGCGGCCCCCGGACCCUGCGGAAGUGGCCGCGGGGAACGGCUUCCCCUUGCCCCAGCUGGCCGGAGUGCUGGGGUCCCUGCACGUUCCCAUCCGCGCGCCCAACGAGAACGCCGCGGGCUACUACAACCGCCACGGGUGGCACUCGGUGGUGGUCCAGGCCGCCGUCGAUUCCCGCGGCUGCUUCUGGGACAUCAACGUCGGCUGCCCGGGACGGGUGACGGACACCCAGGUUUUGUGCACGUCCGAGCUGUACCAGCGUGCGCAAGAGGGCGAGCUGUUUUCAGGGGCGUCCCAAGCCAUCCGUGGGGUGCAGGUGCCCGUUUACCUGCUGGGCGGCUGCUCCUACCCGUUCCUCCCGUGGCUUAUGAGGCCCUACCGGGACGAGGUCCUAACUCCCGCCCAACACCGCUUCAACGAGUACACCGCUGCCGCACGGACCGUGGUGGGGGUGGCCUUUGGCCGCCUGCGGGGACGCUGGCGCUGCCUCACCAAACGCAACGACACCGACGUCUCCUUCCUGCCCACCCUCAUCGCCGCCUGCUGCACCCUCCACAAUGUCUGCGAGGCUCGGGGAGAUGUCUUUCAGCCCUGCUGGAUGGAGCACUACGCAGACGAACAGCGGGAGGAACACCUCAAUGACAGCAGGGUGGAGGAGGAAGACACGGAGGCCGUGGCAAUCCGUGAUGCGCUGGCAUCAGCGCUGAGAGGCUGAUUGGGGAAGAAGUGGAGGAGCUGCAAAAUGCUCCUCUGGGAACGGAGCAGCUCGAGUCGCUGCGGGAAUCUGUAGGCCAUCAGGUUACACAGAACGUUUCGGCAGGCAAAUCUGCCCUGGCUGGCAGGGGCUUGAGAAGAAUUGGGGUCCAAAACUGCCCAGCGGUGGCAGGUUGGCGAAGGCCAAGGCACAUGGACGCCAUGCGUUUUGACGUUCAGCAUUCGCCAUCAGCAACCUCCCUGGAUAACGUUAGCAGCAAUUAUUUCACCUGAUUUGUGUUUCCAAUCCUGAGGACUAGUGCCCAAAAUGCAAGAGUGGGUUGGGAAUAGGAGAAAAGCAGGGUGGCUUGGGAGGGC